CGUUGGGUCGCGGUUCCCAUGCGAAAUUGUGCUCAGUUCGAAUCGCGCAGCCGCCCCCAUAGUUUGGUGCGCGGUUAAUCGAAAAAAUGCACUAAAUUGUGAGUUUGGAUGGAAAGAAAACAUUUCGAUUUUGUGCGAUCAACAUUGCUCUAGAUAUAAUGAGAAUUGGCUAACAAGAGAAUGACGUUAGCACAUCUCGAUGCGAAUGAUAUAGCGAAAGUCGCCUUGAGUGCGAUUCGAUUGUUAUUGACGCGAGGGUUGGUUGCGCGGCCAUGCCAGUUGUUGGGUCAAUGGCUUAGCCGUCAGAUGGCGCGGUGUUCGUUUCGGUCCACCCUGCCUGCGCUGGAAUGCCCUCAGCGAGGAGCUUGUCGACGCUGCCGUCUUUCGUGGAGCUUUUUUCCACGCCACGAUCAGGUGACUGGGCCAAGAACCUUUUUAGAUCCUAUCAGCCGUUUCCUAAUCACUAAGGAACAUUUGUGAAUAGACGUGUAAUUUGGGAAUGGAUAUGUGAACGCGCCAGCCGGGUGGUCCACUUUACGCGUACGGAGGUGCUGUGUUGUGUUGUGCACCAGAAGGCGGUUCCAGUGCACUCUACUUGAUCGUAUCUCAUCAUUUUAUCGUUCGACAGUGUGAUUAUGUUCAAGAUCCUGUGUUACUUGUAUUUCAAAGCUGUGUUAUAAUCGACGAUUAUUAGCUAAGAGAAGAAGACGAGAACGCGGCGGGCGACCGAGUUAAAGCAGAACACGGGAGUGUCGUCCACCAUUUUGGCUGCGCGAGGUUAUUCGAUGUGUGCACCAUUCUCAUCGCACGUUCGUUGUUUUCGUGCUUUGCAUCACAUAAAAUCAUUCACGAUGCUUAUCGAGUUAUCUUGUGAAUCGGGGAACAAUUGGAAAUAGUGUGUGAAAAAAUAAUUGUAAUAAGAUGAUCUCCUAAAAUCGACGCUAAAUGGAGCAAGGCGAGGGCUGUUUUCCUCGUCGCAAUCUCGAUGCUGUCAGCUGGUCAUCGAGUGGCAAUGCUGGGAAUUAACUGAGGUCGUGGAAUUCAAUUGUGCGAUCGGUAUGUGUUACGAGUGAUCAUAAAAUUGAAAAAAAAUAUUGUGGAUCUAGGAAGUAAACCAUAGUGGAAUAAAACGAUGUCGCUUGAAAGUGGGUUACUAUAAGUGCCGUCCUUGCUACUGAUGAAAAGCGACGUUCACUUUAGGAUAUCUUGUGCUUCGUUAUUGUCAUUUAUACUUGGUUCUGUCGUAUUUCUCGAUACUGAUGAAUUUGUGAGAUCGUUUCGGGAUUGCAGCUGAUCACAUACGACGUGUCCGAGGUGGCAAACUGUGUGGAGCAUUUCGAGUGCCAUUAACCUCGUUUCGUGGCCACCUCGCGGCGAAACGACUCCUGUUCCGCGAUUUUUCUGCGGACUUAUGUUCUCGAGGCCCGCGUUUUAACGGAAUGGGAAAUGGGCGCCGUGAUUAACGAUGAGGAAUCUGCUAUGGAACGAGUCCUGGAAUCGUGGCGUUUGGACACGAUCUGUAUAAUAAAUUCUCUGUGUUAAAACGCGGGAAACGAUGAAGACAUUCGCGUUACUUGCGGAUUCAUAUCGAACUGCGCGCGUGUUACGAUUGUAAGACGAUAAAAAGAAGCGUAUUAUCGUCGUUCUAGUGUUCUUAUGCAUGGUGAAAUAAUGUUUUGUAGGUAGGAAUAAACAGUGACGAAGGAAUGGUGAGGAAGGAAGGAGGAUAGGAUGAACUUAUUGUAUCGCUGACACGGAUGAAACGAAACAACACGAUGGAAACGAAGUGACUAUACUUUUUUUUUCUCUUGAUCUCCUGGAUGGGAUCUCCCAUCGAUGUAGUUUUAGAUGUAUCGUGCGAUUAUUCGACUGAAGUGAACUGGUUCGGUGUGCUCUCUCUCUCGAUCAGUGUUCCGUGUGUGUGUGGCGUUUUUGCCGUUGUUUUGACGAGGAUUACGUGUGCUGUGCACGUUACUCCAAUCCAUCAGAGACAUAAUUCUUGGCAUGCGUAGGCCGAAGGAGGAGGAAGGGGGAGAAUUGAACAGGACCGAGGAGCAUGGUGUAGUGCUCGUUUUGGGGGUUGCUGGCAGAUCAAAGGACGCGAAAGAGGGUCUGGCCGCUCUCGAGCGAUUCGAGGGCCGGUGAGCAUCGCGACGGGGCGAGCAACCCCGUUGCCUCCGCCAACGUCUAACAACCCUCCCGUCUGUCACUGUCGACGAACAACAGAACAGAUGUCCUGACAGCGGGCCCCGGGCCACCAGGAUGCCGACAGACGACGACUAUGGCCGAAGAGAACGUCUCCUACUGCACCAACAUCCGAUCCCUCAGUACGGGUCCUCGUCAUCACCGAUUCCAGGAUCGAGUGGCGGAACGAGUGGAAGUGUCGGGUCCCAGAUCGGUUCCACUAGCUCCUCAGAUUGUUACAAACAAGCGCAACAACAGCAAACGAACGAUCUACGCACGAGCGUGUCGAGCGUCGCCAAUCAAGAUCGUUACCAAUCGGAUCAAUCCUCUCAAGGGAACGAGCACGUCGAUUAUGGAGUCCGGGAGCGAAUGUCAGGCAUCGAAAGGCACGAUAAAUCAACGGACAAGCCGACGAUCGACGACUUCCCCAAGUCGUGCGCGGAAACUCGUUCGAUACAGUCGAGUUGCGAGCGAUUCGGCCAUUAUCAGAGCCAAGAGAGAUUCGGCCAGCCCCCUCUGCAAACGCAUCAUCAGUUCACCCCAGGGAGAACGAGCAACUCUGGCCAAACGUUGCCGCAAAACGUUCUUGUCGACCGUUUUCCACGUUUCAACGAGCUCACAAGCCUCCACAGUGACCAGAGAUUGUCCUUGGCCCCGAGCGAACGUUUCCAACCGGCCACCACCACCGAGCUUCGAUUCCAUCACCUGGCCAACGAGCUGGUCAACGCCUCCACGGGCAACGAAUACGCGAACACGAAUAUUUUGGUUUCGGGAUGCGCGACCAGUCCAUUCUCGUCCGAGACGUUCCCUUCUCCGCCAUCACCGGCACCCGCCAACGACCGUUUCGUCCCACCACCACCUUUGUCACCUAGCCCAAGUGAGAAGUACGCCUCGACCCAGAGUCUGGCUGGUUAUCCUGCUGCUGAUAGGAUUUUGGCCCCAGGUUCUCCAAGCACCAGAUAUGGCGGGGGCACGGCACCAGCCUCACCGAUGCCAGCUAAGGAACGAUUCUCCUCGGCGGAACGAUUAUUGGCCAAUCAACAGUCGUCGAGUUCUAUGCACGAGUCCAAGGAUCAGCAACGAUACACUGGAACAAACGAUCGCCUGUUGUCCGGCUCGUCACCGGUGUUGGGAAGUCUACAAGCCGGUCUACAAGGGGACAGGAACGGAAUAUACACAACCAGCAAGGAUACAGCCGCAUCGAGAUACGGUGCCAUUUCUACGGACCGUUUGCUCUCCUCGUCGCCUAUACACGCCCCAGUGCCAGAGAGAUUCGCGAGCAAGUCGACCGACAGGUACCUCGGCGAUUCGCCUGUACACGAACGAUACCAUCGGCAGGAGACGACGUCAGGUAUCCACCACGAUCGUUACUCGACGAUAUCGUCGAGCGCUGAGAGAUUCCUCUCCAAUUCGCCCAAUCCGGAGGCCUCCCAUCAGCGAUACUCCACGUCGACGGAGAGGUCUCUGCAGGUGUCGUCGAACGGCAACGAGCAGAGACGUUUGUAUACCGAUCGUGGCGUCGAGACGGUUUGUCAAAAGUAUACGGACAGAUCGACUGGAUCCCCCGCGCCCACGGACUUCAACAGAUAUUCCAGCUUCCAGGAAGUGGGGAGCACACAGUCCAGAUACAGCACAAGUGAUCGUUUCAACGACCUCGCGUUACAACGUUGCGGCCAAUCGCGAGCGAACGACAGAUUCUGCGUGUCCAACGAUCGUUACCUGGUUAGUUCGUCACCAGGACACGAUGGGAGGCUGGCCAAUAACGACGUGGCCAAUAGAUACGUCGUUUCGGGAUCGUCGACCGAACGACUGCUCUCUGCGACGUCCUCCUCGUCCUCCUCCUCGACCGACACCGUCUCUCGUUAUCACUCCUCCUACACGAACACCACGGCAACGCAAUCCACUACGUCCAACGAUCGUUUCACAUCCAUCUCUCCCACUCCCGAGACGGCCAAUACGAAUCUCCGCUCAGGAACAACCGGAACGACUAGUUGUACAGCAAGUUCCGGCUAUCAGGCUGCGACAAAAACAAGCGUCGUGGACAAAUAUCUUCAGGUGUCGAAGUCCGUGCAGAGUUACGGAAGCGAUCGUUACACUGUCGGCAAUCCUGGCGACCAGUUCGAUACCAGGCUCGGCCAGGACCGUUACGACAGAUUCUCGAACGCUGCCGCGAGCACGGAUCGUUUCACACCUUCGUCCGGUACUCCUGAUCGUUUUCAUUCUGCCACUGAUAGAUACUCGCCUGUGCGCGCCGCUGACAAGUAUCUGUCCCUGCCCAAGCCCAAGGAUCGAUACACUGGUCGCAUAACGCCGAUCUCGUCUUGCGGCACGUCGGUAGCCGCCACGUCCACCGAUCGAACUUACGGAUCGAGCACCGCGACCGGAAGCUACGUUCCGCCAACGGCUCACACACCUGUGGAACGAUAUGUGCCUCAACCGCCUCCGGAGGUCCUCUACCCGGACAGAUACGUGGACAGAUACGUGCCACCAUCCGCGCACACGCCCACCGACCGUUAUGUGCCCACCAACGAUCCAACCGACCCUUACAUGAGACGAGAUCUCGGUUUCCAUCAUCAUUAUCGGCUACCGCCACCUGCCGGCUAUCCAUACCAUCAAUCGCACUUCCGACUUCGCGGUUUCGCGUACGCGUCGCCUGGCCGCCUCGGUGGUAGCCCAGGCUCGAGCAGCUCGAGCAGCUCGACGUCUAAUCAGAGGGAUGGCGGGUUCUCGAUGUCGCCAUUGUUGCGGCCCAAGGUACGCGCGUCUGCGGUCGAAUUCCCGACCACGUCCACAGGUGUCGUUACGCGCCACGUGUGCACCAACCCGCCAUCUUGUUGCAAUGAGGCGUCAUCAAGUGGAAGAUCUUGCUGCCAGGCGAUUAGAAGAUCAUUGCCACCAGGCGCGCUACCGUCGAUAUCUACGCAGUCUUCUUGGCAACCAUCACCAGGAUCCGGCACAACCGGCACGUCCACGGUUUCCUCGAACGCUCCGGAUGGAGAAAAUGGCCAAAGCAUCAGUCUAUAUCCGGUGGGAAGCGUGGGUCCAACAUCAACGAACCCAACAACGGCUACACCAAUCACGACCACGGCGACAAUAUCAUUGGCCACCCCUGGAACCAGGACCCAAGAACCUGGACCCAGUAUCACCAGAAGCGUGUCAGCACCCACUGCACCUAGGCCAGUCGUCCAGGUGGCUGCCAGUACUUCUAGCAACAAUGGCACACAAAAACCGAGAUUGAGGAGGACUAUGAGUCGCACUGAGGCUAUAAGGAACUACAUCAGACGCGAAACAGCGCAAUUCUUUGGGGUGGACGAGGAAUCUGAGGCUGUGGAGAGACAACGAUGGCUCGAUCGGAGACGGAGAAUGGCGUCGAGGAAAUACGGUGCCCUUGUUCCGGAACACAGACCACCGGAUCCUGAUAUCACCAGAGACGUGCCGGAUAUUACGGAUGUGCCAGAAGGUGUUACAUUGAGAAGAUGGCAGCAACCUGUAAGACGAAAAGAUUCCGUGGCCAGAAUGACGCUUUCGGGGCUUCAUUAUGUCGUCGAGUCGUUAACUCGACCACGGCCCCGAGAGGGAUCACAAGCAAGACCUGAAUCACGAAGCUUCCCACCAAGCGUGCUCACCUACAUGGCGAGGUCAGAAUCGGUGACGUCACCGGAAAAUGGUCAGGACGAAGAGGAAUCCUUCUUCGACAGGCCACCCCCGCCUCCGCCCCCGCUUCCGCCGCCUCCUGCACAACCACAAUCUCAAGUCGAGCAGGGUCUCGGUGGCCUGGUGAAAGACGAAGAGGACGGUGCAAAAGUCGCGGAUCUGCUCGAUUCUGCGGGUGACAGAGAGACAUCCGAGGAAUUGGUCAGGUUUGCUCCACAAAAAGAUGAGAGGACGGCAAUUGAUGGACAGGUCAGAAGAUCUCGUCACAUCUCGAGGGACCAUUACAUUUCAAGGUUGAGGUAUCAUAGUCCGUUGGCCGAAAGUACGAGGGUGCGGCAGGACGAGGGAGUGACUCUUAGGAAGGAUUUUACCGGUCCUACGAGAAUUUCUCCAAGUACCAUUGACCGAAUAUUCGACAACAGCAACAGGAGGCAAUAUGGCAUGGGUAUCGUUGGAAGAUUCUUAGGAAGAUCAUUUCGAAAGAGCGUGUCUCAAAAACCAGACGUUAGAAAACAGCUGGAUGAUUUCGAAGAUCAUCGUCCUUAUUUUACGUAUUGGAUCACCACCGUUCAAAUUCUUAUUUUGAUAAUAUCGUUAGCAUGCUACGGUUUCGGACCUGUGGGUAUGGAUCUCAGUCAUAGAUCAGGCUUGGUUCUCGUUACCAGUCUAUCGUUGCAACAAGUGGACUACCAGGAACCAGCGAAUUUCUGGUUUGGUCCGAGGGCCGCUGACUUGAUUCAUCUGGGGGCGAAGUUUGCACCGUGUAUGCGCCGCGAUAUUAAAAUCCUGAAAGAGAUCGAUGUCUGGCGGGAAAGGGAGCGGGACACAGCGUGUUGUAUAAGAAAUGAUGAUUCUGGCUGCGUGCAAUCCAGCAAAGCGGAUUGCUCUAAUACGAUAUCUACGUGGAAAAAAUGGGGACCUGGGGACAGUGGACCGGGAGGACGUAUAAGUGGAUCGGUUUGCGGGUUGGAUCCAAAGUUCUGCGAUGCUCCAGCUAGCAUAGCACCUUACGAAUGGCCAGAUGAUAUCACCAAGUGGCCCAUUUGUCGAAAAACUAAUCCAUUCAAUCAACGAUUUAGUAGAAACGGAAGUCAACGAGGCAAUGGAAAUUUCCCAGUGGGUCGAUACAAGGAUAAGAUGGCAGAGCACAUGGUCUGCGAGGUGAUCGGGCAUCCAUGCUGCAUCGGGAUCCACGGAAUGUGUCGCAUCACUACGAAAGAAUACUGUGAUUUUGUACACGGAUACUUCCAUGAAGAAGCAUCCCUCUGUUCUCAGGUCGAGUGUUUGCACGAUGUCUGCGGUAUGAUACCCUUUCUUCAUCCCGAGUGGCCUGAUCAAUUCUAUAGGCUCUUCACCACCAUGUUUCUUCAUGCUGGAAUUCUUCAUCUAUCAAUCACAUUAUUGGUUCAGUAUUUCUUAAUGCGGGACUUGGAGAAGUUAACUGGCUCGUUGCGUAUUGCUUUGAUUUAUUUCAUUGGAGCACUUGCUGGAAACCUGGCCAGUGCGAUAUUCGUUCCUUACAGGGCAGAGGUCGGGCCAGCAGGAGCACAUUUUGCCCUCCUCGCAACGUUGAUCGUCGAGGUAUUGCACUGUUGGCCGAUGUUAAAGCACCCACGACGAGCCUUAUCCAAGCUGAUUUUCGUCCUCAUAGGCUUACUAAUCCUUGGCAUUCUUCCAUGGGUGGAUAACUACGCUCACUUAUUCGGUUUCAUCUUCGGUUUCCUCGCCGCUUACGCCUUGUUACCAUUCAUCUCUUUUGGCCAGUAUGAUCGUCGUCGCAAGAUCUGGCUGAUAUGGAUCUGCAUGAUCCUCAUCAUCGUUCUGUUCACCCUUCUUCUAGCUCUCUUCUACAAUGUGCCGGUGUAUGAGUGCGAGGUGUGCAAACUGUUCAACUGCAUCCCAUUCACGCGUGACUUUUGCGCCUCACAGAACAUCAACUUCAAGCGGGAAGAGCCCGUAUGACACACGGAGCCGUGUUUCGAAGUCGAGUUCGAACCAUCGUUACACAUGAUCGAGAGUCAAACGAGGCCCUAUACAAGCUUGAUCGUGCUGGCUCUGCUAUUUUCAAAUUGACGCGGAAAUCACGAUUGAAGGAUGAAAAUGUUGCAAAGAACCUGACGCCAAGAAAUCCGGAGAUAACUCGUCCACGACGAACGACACUGCCUUAAAGUAAAAUAAACUCCACCGGGAUCCUCGGUAGUCUCUUUAACCGUGUGUUCCACGGUGGGAUGUAAAUAUUAGAGAAGAAAAAAAAAAUAAAACGCGCCUUUAAUGUAACACGACUAUCGUUACCAAAGAUCGUGGUACGAGGGUGGAUGUCUAUUGAACAGUGAAAAAUCGUAAUAAAACAUGAUGGAUCAAAAUGGAAAAGUGUUGCAUACGAAACGAAAGAAGAAUCGUCGAAUAUUUAGAGAAGGCUUCUGACCCUCUUCGAACGUUUAGAAACGAGAAAAUGAAUACACGUGUAUAUAUAAAACGAAGACUCUUGUUACUUAUACAUAUACAUAUACAAGUAAGGACGACUUUAGUAAGUUUAAUUUUAAAAAGGAGAGAAAGGGGGUAGAGAGGAACGUUGAAAGUGUCUAAAGCGUACCUCCCAAGCUGGAACUAUCUGUGAUGGGUGAACACACGAUUGUCUUCGAGAAUAUUUUUCAUAAGAGAGAUACAGAGAGUAAGAGAGAGAGAGAGAGAGAGAGAGAGAGAGAGAGAGAGAGAGAGAGAGAGAGAGAGAGAGAGAGAGAGAAAUCAUUCAGAGAGAAAGGAUCUUAUUGUUGAUGAAUCGGAUGAGCUUAACUCUCCGCAAGACUUGAAUGGUGAAGAUAAACGAUUGAAACAAAAAAAAAUCAAGAAGAAGACGACAUCGAGAAGAAAGUGUUGUAACGAUAAAGUAAAUCCCGCGAUGAAGAGAAAAAUAAAAACGAAUCAAUUUUUUAUAAUGGUGUGCGAGAGCGGGAGAAACUGAUGAAAGAAGCGAUUAUCAGAGAACACUUAAUCAAUUUUCACCUUGUACAUAAUUAUAGAUGCGAUCGAAUGGAGAGAAACAAGGAGUUGGAAAUGAAAGAGAGAAAAUGAUGGACGAGGAAAUAUGCAGGAGGGGCAAUUUAAUUGCGUUCAGAUAAGAUAAAAGGAAAAAGAGAGGAGGCAAAGAACAAAAGAAAAAGAAACAAAGCAACACUGUGACAUUCGUGAAUGUGUAUUUUAUUAUAACGGGUAUGUAAAUGUAAGAAACGAAGAAAAAUUGUCUGUGAAAAGGAAUGAGAGAGAGAGAACGAAGAAUAAAAGAGAGAGAGAAUGAAUCUAUUCGUCUGCGUCUUAAUCGCGUGUAAUCGAUGAUAAUUGAGUAUGUACACACGAGAAAUAAAAAUAGCAAUAGCGAACGUGAUGUGCCACAAUGUGGAGAUCGUCGCAAAAAAUAAAUGUGAAAGUGAUUCGAGGUAAAGAAAAAAAAGAAGAAAAAAGAGAAAAAGAAAAGAAACGCAUUUCUUCUAAAUAUUGUAUCGCACGUUCGUGAUCUCUCAUUCAUUCUAACGUAGCAUGCUCGACAAGGAAGUCGAUUAAGGUUUCGUCGACGCAGCUACGUCGAUCGGUUCACGGGAAUCAUAGAAACAUGCCAGUGGAAGGGAAAUGUGCUUUCUGCUUUCGUAUCUUUGUGAUUUUUUUUAAAUAUUGGUGAUAAAUGAAAAUUUGAAAAAAUUUCAAUUUUUUUAAUUUUAAAUGAAUUGAUUGUUUGAAAUAUUGCAAUUUAAGUUAUUUUAUUUUAAGUUAUUUUAAGUUAUUAAUAUAAGAAAUUUUAAUAUAUCUUAGAAUAUUUAUUUUUAUACUAUUAUUUUUUUAAAAAAGAAUAUUUUAUUUAUUAUUAUUGGAGAGAAAUAAAUUUUAUAUGAAGCAUUAAAAUAGUUUAAGAGCAUGAAGAUUAUUUUUUAUUAUUUUAUCAUUUUGAAAAUGAAAGUUUAAUCAGAAUCAGCAUUAAUUCAUUAAAUUAUUAUAUAUUAAUAUCAUUAAGUGGUAUUAAAAAUUAUAGAUGCAAAGAAAGAAUUAUACAAAUAUAUAAAUCUUUCUCUUUAAAUAUAUAUUAUUAUAAAAUAUAAAAUUAUUUUAUAUUAUAUUAUAUGUAUCAUAUUAUUUCUUUAAUAAUACAUAUCAAAAAUUUUUUAAUGUUUUACAAAUUGCAUAUCAUUAUCAUUAUCUAUAGUAUCUUUGUUUGAAUAAGAAAUUUUUUAAAAUUUUACUUGAAAAAAUUUAUUAUCUCAAAUUUAAUUCUUAGAUCUUGAAACAUUUAUUUAUUAUUUAUUAUAAGAAUAAAUAAGAAUUAUUUUAAUGUAUGCAGUAUUAAAUCGAAUUGAAUAUACGUAAGCAAAAGCAUCAUUUCCUUCUCUCAAUAAUUUCUUCGUACAAUUUUUAAAAACGUAACAAGAAUAGUAUCAUGCUUAUCGAUUCUUAGCGAUUUCUUUUCGAAUUUCAUAAAUUCGAAGGCAUGGUUUUCUAUCCUCGUAUGUGUUGAGCAUGCCACGAGAAAAAAGUGAUUCGUACACGAUAAUGUAAAAUCGAUAAUAUUCAUAAUCACUCGAAAAUAUUCAUAAGUGUAAUAUUAAUCGGAAUAACGUGACAAUUAUCUCGAAGUAUAAACCUACUUUUUCAAAAGAAAAAAAACUUAUUGGUAAAAAAAAAAGAGAGAGAGAGAGAAAAGAGAAGGACGCGUCUCUUAUGAUGAUAUAUUAAACGCAUAUAACGAUUUGAUUAUUCUUCAUAUAACCGAUAAACGAUUUUUAUACAUUUCUCUGCGUAUAAUAUAUCGCUAGCGCUUGAACGAAAAAAAAGAAAGAAGAAAAAGUUUCAAAAUUUAUGGCGAAAUGAUUCUCUUUUAUUUUUCAUCGGUGAUGAUUAAGAAGAGAUAAAGGAAUAUUAUUUAAAUUAAAACAUUUUCUGGCUUGAGUAUACAUAAUAUAUAUAAUCUAAACAAACUUGUAAACGAAAAAAAAAUUCUUGAAAGUACAAUGAAAGCCAUAAUUAAGUAUAUUUUACUUCGAUUCGUAUAUAUUCCCCCUUUUUUCUUUUUUUUUUUUCUUUAUAUUUGAUCAAUAUGAUAAAAUCAGAGAGUUAACUCUCUGUGAAUUAAUGGCAAAUGCGACAAUUACGAUAAUCGAAAACCAUGCUCGAUGAAAGAAAAAAUAAUUAAUUCAUCCUCUCGACCAAAUUUCAUAUUUUUCAAUUUAGAAUCGUGUAUAACCCCUUCAUGCUUCCUUAUCGACUAUUUUUUACCAUUUGCCCGACCAGGCUACGCACAAGUUUCUACAUAACCUAUUUCCUUAAUGAUCGGUUAGCACGAAUUCACUUGUGUUUCACAUUUGUAUUUAUUCUAUGCGAGCAAAUCAAUAUUAUAAAACAAUUAAUUAAGAAUUAAUGAAAGUUAGUUCAAAAAGUUGUUCUUAAGAUGUGGAUUAAGACUAAUUUUUUCUUUUUCAUAAAAAUUAUUCAUUCUUAUCUUGGAUGAAAUCAGGUCUGAUAAUGUAAACGAAUAAUGUUCCUUGAUUAAAUGAAUAUUCAAUAUGUAAAAUUUUAACGAAUAUUUCUUUUCAAUAAAUGUUUCUUUUAAUUUUUUUCAAAAUAAAAUUAAGUGGCUGUGAAUUUAAUACAAUUAAUUAGAAGAACUUGAUUAAAUAUCGCGCGAAUUUUUCCAGUUUUCUAGACAAAUUUUUUUCUAAUCUUCUUUUAAAAGAAAUGAAAGUCUAAUUUUUUUGAGAAACAUUAUCUUUUUAAGAAAAAUUUUAAAAAAAUUUUCAGUUAAAUUUGUUUUUAAAUAAAUUUCUUUUUAAAGGAAUUUUCUAAUAUAUUUUUACGAGAAAAAAUAUUUAAAAUAUAUUAUAAACAUUGAUAAAUUUAAUAAAUUUAAUUUUAUUAAAAUUUUCAGUUAUUUUAAACUUUAUGAAAAAUAUAAUGUAUAAAAAUCCGUCAUAUUUUCUUAUAUUAUAUAAAAUUUUACAAAAGAAAUUUUAAUUGAUUAUGAAAAAAAUUACAAAUUUCUAUAACCAAAGCAAGAAAGCACGAUAGAAUAAGGCUAUAUCUGACUACGCACACAAUAUUUAUAACUUGUAUCGAUUUCGUGUAAAUUGCAAAAGUAAACAAUUUUCUGUAAACACAUUACUCACAAGUAUACAUGACAUGAUAUCAUAUGCAAAACUAUUUAUCUAUACUCUGUAUCAUUUUCUAUUCUACCAUUAAUUUCUUAUAGAACGAAAGAGAAUGAACAUUAAUCAAAAUCUAUCUUUAAUUGAUUUUUUUAUUAUAAAUGAUGAACUUGGAGAAUCAUAGCCAAAUUCAUUUUAUUGUGUAAUAAAUUUACCGAUAAAUUAAAUAUAAUGAUUUAAACGAAUCACAAAUAUAUUUCAUUUUAAAAGAUCAUUAAACGAUUUGAAUUAUACAAUAAUGAAUUCUAGCGGCGGAAUUUGAACUUCUCAUGAUGGUACACGUAUUAACAAAUUACUCGAAUUGAAACGAUUUGACAUUGGAAAAGUAUUUGCAUUGAAAAAGAUUGGUUAAAAUUAUUAUACGUAUGAAAACAUUUAUUUGUGUUUUUCAAUUAAUGAAUACAUAUUUUUUUAAUGAAUAUAUAUUUGAUAGAACAAUAGAAUAUAAACUAAGUUAAUAAAUUAAACUAAUUAAACUAAGUUAAUAAACUUAAUAAAUUAUAUAUGAUAAUUUUCAAACUUAUAAGAAUAUUAUUUGAAUUAAGCUUUUGAUCAAAUUUUUAAUAUAAAUAUCUUUAUGUUUUAUUUAUUACAUUUCUUGAGUAAAAGUGAAAUGAUACAUGUUAUUUUAUAGAAAAAAAUAUAAAUAAUAUUUCUUGAAUUUUAAUAUAAUAUGAAUUUUUUUAAACAUUUUGUUAAAAAUAAACAACUGAAAAAGAUUUAAAUUGCAUUAGUCUGAUGAUGAAGACAAUAAUUUUUUAUUUUUUGUUGUAUAAAUUUUUUUAUAUAAUAUAAUAUUUUGUUUUUAUGUAUAAUAUAAUGUGAUUUAGUUUUAUGAUAAAAAUUUGAAUUAAUUAAAUAAAAUAAUAUAAUAUAAUCUUAAAAUUUUAAAUAUAAUAUAUCUUAAAAUUUAAUAUCUUUUAAAUAAUUUGUUAUUUAAAUUAAUGUUAUCUUAUUGUUUUGAAAAAAAAUAUUAAAUUGUUAAAAUCAAAAGAAAGUUGGAAAAUUUUAUUAAUUUUUUUAGUCAGAUAUAAAAUAUCUAAUGUGUUAUAGUUAAUAUGUUAAAUGUUUAACAUGUUAUAACUUUUAAGUAGUAAUGUAAUUUUAAUAUCAAUUCCUCUUUUUUCUGAUUAAUACAUUUUUAUAUUAAUAAAUGAUUUAAUGAUAAUUGAAAUUUCAUUGGAAUAUUGCAUUUUCUAUUAAGAAAACAUUGUAUCAUUUUACUUUUUCCAUAUCCAAUCUCCACAAAAAUUAACACUUUCGUUACUACAAAGAUAUACAUUAUAUUUUUUCAAUUAUUUUAAUAAUAUCAUUAAUUUUAUUAUUACAUUUUUUUUCAUUAAAUAUUCAUUGUUAUUAUAUUCUUACAUUUAAAAAAAAUAUUGUAUUUUUUUAUAGAUUUAAUUAAUAUUUUUUUAUGGAUUCCUUUUGCAUAAUUAAAUUAAAAGUUAAUAAUAAUAAAUUUAAUAAUAAAAUGAAAUAAAUAAAUGAAAUUAUUGAAAUAAUAAAUUUUAAUUUAUUUUAUUUAUCACAAAAUCUAUAAUUUAUAACUUAUUAAUAUCAUUACUGUACAAUUAUUAAUAAAUUACUGUGCAAAAGGGACUGAUAAUUAUCUUAAAGUUAUAACAAAUCUAAAGAAAAAUUUUAUAUAUGAAAAAUAAAAUAUUAGUAGCAACAAAAGUGUUAAAUAGUUGAAUGAAUAUAGCACAAGUCUAUGUUAUAAAUAAAAUCAGACAGACAAGAUUAAUUUUAUUGCAAUAAAAAAGAAUAUAAUUUAAUCAAGAAUUUGUACCACGAUUUCACAAUGAAAUAAUGAAUGACAAGCAUAAAAAUCAUUCGUUUGAAAAAUUUGAGAAACUUUGUGAUAAAUGAUCGAGCAAAAGGCGAGAAAAAGCGAAAAGGGUUAGUAGAAGAUGAAAAUGAAGAUAGGCAUUGUGAGAAAUGGAAAGAUAGGAAGGGGGUCCAGGACCUUUGAACACUCAGAAAUACACAUACAGGAGACACGUAUAAACACGUACUUACCAUCAACACACACUGAAAUUUUUGGAUUAUAUAAAUAUAUAAAUAUAUAAAUAUGAGUAUAUAUAAAUAUAACACGUAUACAUAAAAAAGAAAAAAAAUAAGUACGAAUUAAGGAUCGAGGUGGACCGAGGUGACGAUUGUCGACGAGCAACAUAUUGUUAUUAUUGUAAAUGUGUCAUAUACAGGUAAUAGCAUGUCAUACAAGCGAGAAAGAGAGAGAGAGAGAAAGUGUGUGUGUGUGUGUAUGAGAAAAAAGAGAGAAUGAGAAAUGGAUGAAAAACGUGAAAAUAAGAAGGAAAAAAAGAAAAAUUUGAAUGAAAGAAAUCUGAGAAAUACCUUCGAUAUUUCCAUACCGAUCACGGCGAGGUGGAAUAUCGUCUUUCGCCUGCGGGGACGAUCAGAGUCGACUGCGUUAUAUUUGCCUAAUCUUCAGAGAGAAAGCUAAAAUUCUAAUAUAUUAUAAUUUUGUUAUUUUAUUGAUUAUCGAUUAUUUUAAAUAUGUUAAAAUAUAUUAUUAAAAAUAUUAAAAUUUAUUAUUAUUAUCAAAAUAUAGAAUAUUUUUUUAUUAAAAAUUUUCUUUUUUUAAAUUUUAUAAAGUAUUAUAUUGUGAUGAAAGAUAUUUGUUUAAAUAUCUUUUAUUGUAGAAUAAAAAAUGUCUUUAUUUUAAAUUUUAAUAUUAUAAUCUAUUAUUCUAAAAUAAGAUUUAAGAUAUUCCAUUAUGAAAUAUAUAUUGAAUUUUUUUUUCCUAAAAUAUAAUUUUUGAUGCAAAUUUGUUAUUCUAAAAGAUUUAAAUUAUUUUUUUUAUUAUUAUUUUUUAAAAGAUAAUUCUGAAAUAAGAAUAAAUAUUUCAUUGUUUUAUAAUGAAUUUUCUAUCAAUAAAAAAUAUAGUAGUAUAUGGAACAAUAUGAAAAACUUAAAACAUUUUUAAAAGUAUUAAUAUUUACUCAAUGUUUUGCAUUUAAAAAAUAAUAAUAGAAUAUAAUACAUACAUUUUAUUGAAAUUUUGAUAUUUUAAUAAUUCUAAAUCUAUUAUGCACAAUUAUUUCAAACAUUGAAGAAUUUCUUAUUAUGUUAUUUAAUAAAUUGAUUGAAUAUUUAAUGAAUCAUAAAAAAUGAACCAAAAAACUGAUCAAACUAAAACUAUCAUAACUUACAAUUUUUUUUGUUAUUCUCUCCGCAGAUCAGGCAAUUUAAAAAAGUGCUUGACAAUGUUUAAUCCGACAAGAACCAUCCCAUAAGAUUGUAUUCGUUUGAUCUACUUUGAUUAAGUCCCACGAUGAAAAAACAAAAAUAAUAAUAAUAUUAAAAAAUAUGAAAAAAAUGAAAUACGUGAAUUUCUCGAUCUACUUAUUAACGAUAUAUAUAAAGAUCUUCUCGACGAUUCGCUCUCGAUCUAUCUUAAAGAGGAUGAUAUUAUGCAUACAACCAAAUAAAAUAAAUAAAAAAAAGAUGAGAGAGAGAGAGAGAGAAAGAAAGAGAGAGAGAGAGUAAUAUGAUAAUGCACGUACCAGAGAGAUAAAAAAGAGUUAUAAUGUCUUGUAAAUAAAAUGUAUGCGUCGAAAAUGGACCAAGGACCUAAAUAGUGCAGCUCGUGUAAAAUUGAUAUCCCGAUCUCGCUAAACGUAGACGAGUUCGGCUGGUAGAAUCGUUAAGUAAAGCUACAAUUUAUCCUAAUAUUGUUUAAAAGCGGUGUCGAAUAUUCGCGAUCUGGAAUUUUCUGUGCAUGGAUCAGAUAUUUCUUAUUCAAGGUAGAAGAUCGAUGGACAAAGGUUAGAGAUUAUUUGAAUAAAUCUUGAUCUUUGUUCUUGAGAAAAUUAUAGAUUUAAGUUUUGAUACAUUGUAAAUUUCAUUAGAAGUCUUAGUUUAGAAUUUUUAUACAUUGUAUAUUAUAUAUGAUAUAUUAUCGAUUUUCGUAGUUUAAAGUUCAUUCAGAGUUAUAUUAAAUUAGAUAUCAUUAGAGAAUCAUAAUUCUCUGAAUUUAUUAAUUGGCAAUACGCAUUGCUUUCGGAGAAUUUUCAGCUUGAACUUUCUUAUUCUUGAGAUAAAACGUGUAUUGUUAGAAAUAUGAGAGAAAUAGGUGAAAAUAAGAAUUUAUUAAAAAAUUAUCUACAUUUUUUAAAAUAUUUAGACGAAACUUUCAUAAUAGUUAAUGAUCUCGUUCGAUUAUAAAAGUUUGAUAUUCAAAUAUUUCUUGCCAAGAAUAGAAAAAUGCAUUAUAAUGAUUAAUAUUCCGUCUAAUUUAGCGAACGAUAAUUUUACUUCCACUAUUUUGUGCGUUAAUUAUAAAUCAAAGAAUCAGUGACAUUUAAUAAAUUAAAACUCUAUUCACAAAAUUCAUUACAAAAUAUCACAUGAUAUAUAUCUUGAAAUGAAAUCAAAAAAACUUACAAAAAAUUUUAUAAUAAAAAAGAAAUUUUUAUGGCCAUAAAAAUUCCAUAAUCUUCCCUCGAACAGAAGAUCAAUUUUUUGAGUAUUCAAAUAUUUACGAUACAAAUUUUGCUAAUUGCAAUAUUACGAAGUAGAAAAUUUACAAUAAUGAAAUUUUACAAAAAUCUCGAAAUAAAUAAAAGAUAAUUCAUUAAUUAAAAAGAAAAAUUUUUCUCGUUAUAAAAAUUCGAUAUUCUUCGAGAGGAAGAUCAUUCGUUUGCAAUUAGAUCUUUGCACGUUAGAUCCUGGAUCGUGAUUAAAAAUUCGAUAUCGGAGACAGAGCGAAUCCGUGCGAGAGAAAAUUUAUUCUAAUGACAGUCCUCGAUCCCCUUUUAUAUAUAUAUAUAUAUAUAUAUAUAUAUAUAUAUAUAUAUAUAUAUAUAUGUAUACAUAUAUAUAUAUAAAUAUAAAAGUAUAUAUUUAUAUAUAUAUAAUGUAUAAUUUAAGAAAAUUCCACCACAGCCGCGCGGUAUUAUUUUUCUGUAUCCCUGUAUCUAUAACGAGUGAUAUAAGCGUUAAAGACAAAAAUAAUAAAAAAAAAAUUAUGAAUUAACGAUGGACUAAAGAUUACGAGUAAUAACGACUGUACUAAUUAAACGGUUAAUUAAUUAUGAUUACUUCGCCAGGUAUUUUUUCGGUUUCAUCUAGUAAUCGGUAAGGUUUUCGAUUACAAUUAUUAUUACUGAUCAUAAACGAUGCAUUGUAAUUGUCGCUGUUAUAUACAAUACAUACAUACAUGCGUAAUAUAGACGUAUACGAUAUGUGCACGCGUGCGCACGUGCGCGCGUCAUUUAUGCACAUAUGUAUAUGUGUAUAAAUCCUUGAACAACAUAUUAAUUUAAUAACAAUAAAGAAAAACGUGAAACUUA